AUGAAGGCAAUUGCUAGGAGCCAUGUCUGGUGGUCAGGUAUUGAUGCCAGUAUUGAGGAGUGCGCAAAGGAAUGUAAAGGAUGUAUGGAUCAUCGCAAUGUAGCACCCAUCCAUCCCUGGGAGUUUCCUGAAAAACCCUGGCAAAGAAUUCAUGUGGACUUUGCAGACCCAUUCUUGGGAACUAUGUUCCUGAUUGUUGUAGAUGCCCAUACCAAGUGGUCUGAAGUGUUCAAGAUGAACAAGACUUCAACACAUACCAUUGAAGUACUCAGAACUCUAUUUGCUAGAAAUGGUUUACCUGAACAUUUAAUCAGUGAUAAUGGACCACAGUUCAUUGCAGGGGAGUUUCAGCGAUUCAUGAAAUCAAAUGGAAUACGUCAUUCAACGUCAUCCCCUUAUCACCCAAGGACAAAUGCCCUGGCUGAGCGAUUUGUGCAGACCUUCAAGAGCGCUAUGAAAUCUGCCAAAUAUGAUGAGGCCUGGCCAAGUUUGACACGUACCGUGGACCAAAGCCAGGAGAGGAUGCGAAGUAAGAUUACAACCAAACUUCGCAAUUUCAAUAUUGGCGACCAUGUCUUAGUGAGGGACUACAGGAAGGGAGAUCAGAAAUGGAUACCCGGCAUAAUACAUCGCAUCACAGGACCAAUUUCAUAUGAAGUUGAAGUAUCCCCAGGAAAUGUAUGGCGGCGUCAUGUUGACCAAAUUCUUAGUUCAGUACAGCAGCCAUUCGCGGAGGCACAGCUACAGCUACCGAACAUAGACACUCAUGUAGAUAUUGCGCCUGUCGAACAAAGAAUAGAAACCAGUCCAACUACACCAAGUGACGGAACCGCAACCAAAUACUUACUUAAAACACUUCCUACUGAACCAACAGUUGCUCAGGACCCCUUACCAGAUUCGGGAAGCAAGUCGAAUACGCCUGUACGCCGUUAUCCAGUAAGAAACCGGAAACCUGUUGUGAAACUGAAUUUGUGAUUUUGGGGCAUAAUAAUCUCCUAGUUUCAUUUAUGAAGGCAAAUCUUUUAUUUGUUUAAUAUUUGAAUGCCUUAUUUUGAUGUUUAAUCAUACUCAUAAUUUUGCAAAAUCUAGUCAUUUGA